AUGACUCUAUCUUUUGAGAGGACAAGAUCCCCCAUCACCGGCUGGUUCCGGUCAUGCUGGGAUUGCUUCGAGCGGGAGAUGCAGAUCUGCCAUAGUCAACCUCAUUUGGUCCCUCCUAUGAAGCUGGUGGUCUAUGAUGACCUGCCCAGCCCUGGGCUGCCUCAACAGUCACGUAACUCUCUCUCAUCAUGGUUUGAAGAGGGGCGCCACAUGGCAUCUCGUGUUUCUCGGCGAGCGAGUCUCUCGUGGAAGCGACCUCCGCCAACUCCUUUGAAGAUCAGUGACCCGUCAGACUUCCGACGAGUGCAAUCGUUCCAACUGGACCCAACACCAGCACAGUCCCCGCUCUUUGAGCCUCUCCAAUUGAGCAUUCACCGUCUCAGUAAUCGUCUGUCUGAUCUGCCGUCAUUUGAGUCCUUUUGCAUGGGCGGGGAUGACCACGACGAGACACCCGCUCCUUCUACGAUGACCCUCCAAGCUAGACGCCAAUCGAUCGAUGCGCGCUUUUCGAUCUCCCGAAAGCCAGUUGGCUCGGUAGCUCGUCGCAUGUCUGUCAACUCUGAACGGCUCAUCAGAUAUCCUCCGCCGGCUCACUUUGCGGGCUCUCUUCUCCCACACUUUUCUUCCGACACUGCGGCCGGACCGGCUGGACGCCUGCUUGAUCGUUCGAUUCAUGGGACCUUCGAGAAGACCCAAGAUGACGUGAGUCGUACAGCAUCGAAGUCCACACCGAACAAUCAGCAAUACUUCGCUGCCGAAUCUCUCUCCUCUCACAGCACGCGCACUUUCCCAUCCCGUCUCUCUUCUCUACGUCGCCCGUCCACAACCGAAACUCAGAUGUGUCUUACAUCUGAGCCGCUUCCUGAAAAGAUUCACGAAUGGGAUUUCGAUGAAAAGUCAAGCACAGCUGGAAAAGGCUUUCAUGUGGAAGCUGACGUCUGUGGAGGGGAGAGAUUCCGCAGUUUGAGUGGCACGACUCUCGGCUCAGCAGUGACGAGCCCGACUGGCAGAGCAUUUGAGCAUAGAGCAAAUGAUUCUUUUUCAAGCGCUUCAACAAAUGGGGUCACUCCACGAACGCUCCCGCCUCUCUUGCACCUCUCUUCAGAGAAGGCUCUUGAGGCAAGGCUCGUGAAGCAAAGAUCACUCGAUUCUCAGCACCGGCAGUGUCCACCUUCCCCGUAUUAUGCCGAUGGAGUCUCCCAGUAUCGAGGCUCUGCGAUCGGCAUAGCUUUCUGA